AUGGACCGAUCGGUUUCCGGCGGGAGAGGGUACUACUACUCGGCGGCGCCGGUGGGCACGGGCAUGGGCAUGGGCCCGCUCGCGGGCCAGCUCGGCGAGUGGCUGUUCCGGGCCGUGCAGCCGCCGGCGCCCACGCCGUGCGGGUCGCCCGGCGGGCCCCCGAUCACCGCGCCGCGGGUCCGGAUGAGGGACGGCCGGCACUUGGCGUACGAGGAGUCCGGCGUGUCUAAGGAGACCGCACGGUUCAAGAUCGUCUUCUCCCACGGCUUCACCGGCUCCCGCCUCGACAGCCUCCGCGCAUCGCCGGAGGUCGCCGAGGAGCUUGGCGUGUACAUGGUGGGAUUCGACCGCGCCGGCUACGGCGAGAGCGACCCCAACCCUGGCCGCUCCGUGGAGACCGCGGCGCAGGACAUGGAGGACCUGGCCGACGCGCUGGGGCUCGGCGACAAGUUCUACGUCGUCGGCUUCUCCCUCGGCUGCCACGCCGUGUGGGGCGCGCUCAGGUACAUCCCGGAGCGGAUCGCCGGGGCAGCGAUGCUGGCACCGGUGGUGAACUACUGGUGGCCCGGGUUCCCGGCGGAGCUGGCGGCCCGGGAGUACGGCCGGCAGGAGCGCGGCGACCAGUGGGCGCUGCGCGUUGCGCACCACGCCCCCGGCAUCAUACACUGGUGGAUGGAGCAGAGCUGGCUGCCCCUGCCCACCUCCACCGUCGUCGUCAACACUACCUACCUCCCCAACAAGCGCGACGCCGAGAUCCGACGCACCCUCACCGCCGACGGCACCCUCCGGAAGAAGAGGGAGAUGGCGACGCAGCAAGGGAUCCAGGAGUCGUACUACAGGGACAUGGCCGUCAUGUUCGGCAAGUGGGAGUUCGACCCCAUGGCGCUGCCGGAGCCGCCGUGCCCGGUGCACCUGUGGCAGGGCGACGAGGACGGCCUGGUGCCCGUCGCGCUGCAGCGCGGCACCGGCCACUUCCUGUCCGCCGUUCCCGGGCUCGGAGACACCGUUCUCCGGACACUUUUCGGUUGA